CCGCCUCUGCCUACCCCAGCGGCAGAGAUGCGCGGCCUGGAGCUGGGACGCUUCUGCGGGCAGAGUAUUUAUAUACUACUUCAACAAAAACAUUCUCAAAGCAGUCUGCAUAGCAGAAGGAAUGAAAAGAUGGCUCCCCAUCCCAAAGAGGCUCACCAUCUAAAAUGCAACAAGGGACAACAAUGAGGGACAGCUACUCUCCCUCUACUGAAUAUGAUAAUUGCCACUCUUAAAAAGAUCUUACAGAAGCAGAGUUUUGUUUCCCUUGCCUGUCACUGUAUCCAGUUUUCACCUCUGAGUGCUUCACCUGUUAGCUUUCGUUGCUCUCUUCUCCACUUGGGGUGCAGAUCAACUGGUACCAGUUCUUCUGAGCAAAGUGAAGUGAACUUGACCCCUAACAAUUCUAAAGCAGAGAGCAAUGAAAGCACUCAAAAACUCCUGGAGAUUCUCGCCACUUCUCCUGCAGAGCAGCAGAGACCUUCUGACAUGGGCCACUUGAAGAAGGUGGCUGAUUCCUUCUUCAACAUGGGGUUCAGCCCUGCUCAGAUGAUGCAGUUGUUCACGUUGCAGCCCAGUAUAGCUCCUCAGUCCAGGUUGGCUGUAAUUUCAGAGCUCCUCCUCCUGGGUUUAAGCAUUGAUUCAACACUGAAGAUCUUACAGAAGCACCCUGAAGUGCUGAAACUGUCAGCAAAGCACCUGAAGGAUCGUGGAGAUGUGCUGAGGAGACUGGGCUUUAAAGAAGGAAGCUUGGAUCAUGUGGCAUUUCAUUAUCCAAGCAUCUUCAUUUUGCCACACAAGAGAAUUCAGGCUGUCGAGCAUCUCCUCAGGGAAAAAUGCCUCUUCACAGUACAGCAGGUCUCAAAAAUUCUACAAACUUGCCCAAACAUCCUGUUAGAAGAUCUAGAUUAUCUGGAGUGCAAAUUCCAAUUUGCCUAUUUCAGGAUGGGAGUUAAACAAAGAGCAAUAGUGAAAGCUGGUUAUUUUCAAGCAUCGUUGGCUGAGAUAAAGAACCGGGUCAUUUUCUUAGAGCGCUUGGGACUCUAUCAAACUCCCGACAAGAAAGGACAGACCCAGAUAGUCAACCCCAAACUGAAAAGGAUAAUCAGAGCUUCUGAAAGUGACUUUGUGACUAACAUAGCCUGCUCCUCGAUUGAGGAGUAUGAGAUCUUUAAGCAACUGCUGGCACGUGAGGAAGAGCAGAGGUGGAAACAUGAGGCACUGAAAGUUGAACUAUUAGAUUUGGAGAGUGAUGGAGAAGAAUCUGAUACAGAAUAAGAACAUUAGACAUCUCCGCUGUCUUGUACUAGUGGAAUUGGUUUUGAGUCUUGAAUCAGUUUUCUCUAAGAAUAAAAUGUACUAUUUGUGUAACUGGGAGGAGAUGGUCAGUAUUGGUUCUAACGAGAGACUGAAUUGUGGAGUUAAUAAUUGUAUCUAGUCAACACAGUGGCUGUAUAGAAGCAAUGAAACACAGAACUUCUGUUGUUCUCUUGAACCUCUGCACCUGGAUGCCUAAAAAGGGUAACUUGGAAGUGGGAGCUCUAGUUUACUUUUGAAAAUUACAACAAACAUUUUCUUUUCAAAAUCUUGGGACACUGAGGGGAAAACAAAAAACAAAAGCACACAGCCUUAGGCUUGCUUUUCUCCUUGUCCACAGCAUAUGCACCCAUUUUUAAAAUUUCAAUUGGCCAAUUCCUUAAAUACCAAUUUCCUGAAAAUAUAAUUUCAAUAAUAAAUAGAUUUUGUUGGUCGCUGGA